UGGCGGAUACAAUUUGGAUUCGUCAAUUACUUCUCAAUUACAUUGACCCUGGAGCUCUUUAUUGUGAGAAUGUUAGUGCGACGUACCUUGCGGCUCGCACUAAGCAUUUAGAAAUGGAUUUCCAUUUUGUUCGUGAGAGGGUGAAGUUCGGGGAUGCCGAUGGAAUAUUUGAAUAUCUCAAGUUGGUUCAUCCGUUUGGGUCUCGUUACGCUGUCUUGGAUGUUGAGCCUACGUGCGAUGAAAGAGAUGAAGAUGAUGCUAUGCAGACUGACAUCUCGGAACAAACUAUUAAGAGCCUCUCCAGCUGGCGUCCAUGA